AUGAUCAUAAAUUAUUGACGGAGGAGGUUCACUCCAUCAGCUCAAUUUUUUAGUGUAAACCUUAGAAGACUCAGCACAAGUACCUUAGAAGCGAAUCAGAGAGGGCAGGCAUCUCCAGAGCAGAGUCAGAUUGACCAGGAGAAUUUCAAGAAACAUAUCUCUGCAUUCACUUCCUCAAAUGAACUGCCUGAUUCAGAUAUGGAACUGAAUAACAUCAUGAGGGCUCUUGGAGAUCCAAAGUUUAGCUUUGCUGAGUUUACCGGUCAGAUGAAUCCAAAUAAAAAUCUAUCAGAAGAAGAAAAACAGAAAAGAGAAGAAGAAGCCAAAGUUUUAGAGGAGAAAUACUCCAAGAGUGAGGAUUCUAUAAAGGAAAUUUCCAAGAAAUUUGAGGGCCUGAACAGCCACACUCUCCGCAUGUUUGAGCACACUCCUUCGAAGAUCAUCUCUGAAAUGGCUGUAAGACUGUUUGUUGGGAGUAGGGAUAUUCCAAAGAAUGUCCCUAAAGCGAUGAAAUUACUCCAGAUUGCAAAGGAGAAAGACUCUUCUUCAAUGACUUUUCAAGAACAAAAAGAUAUAGAGUUCUUCGAAAUCAUGCUGACACGUAUGAACUCAGAGAAGAUCAGCGAUCCAAUACAUUUCUGGGCGGUUAACCAGAAAUUACGAAGACUUGCUGAGGAAGGACAUCCAAAUUCGAUGUAUGUGUUUGGAAGUGAGCUUUUACUUCUAUGAACUAAUAAUGUCAUCCAAGAUAGAGCUCUUGUAAAGACAUACCUCAAAGAUGCAUUUGAAUAUCUGACUAAAGCAGCUAAGGAGGGAGUCCACUCAGCUUAUUACUAUCUUGGCCUGAUGCACCAAGAUGGGGUGUAUGUUACAAAGGACAUCAAAAGUGCCUUCUACUGUUUUAUAGAGGGAGCUGCUGCCAAUAAUGCCUUGUGAUACUAUAAUCUAUCUCAGAUGUAUCUCUAUGGAAUGGUAGAUCCCAUUGUCCCAAGUCUGUCUGAGAAUAAUUCCAAAUAUUUACAUUUUAAAUACUUGAAGAGAUCAGCCGAGGAAGGAUUUGUAAAUGCUCAACAUUUUCUGGCAAUCGCUUAUUUUGAGGGUAUUUUCACUCCAAAAGAUGACAAACUUUCCUUAGCUUGGUUUAGAGAGGCGGCGAGGAAUGGAAAUCCUAUGUCAUUUAUCAACGCAGGGGAUUUACUUACUUACGGAAGCAACAUAAUGGAAGACCUAGCUCCAACAUACAAUGCAGAGACUCUAAAAAUGGUCACUCAAAUGUACACAAUCCAAAAGAGUAACUUGAAGCCAAAUCUUUUAUUCGCACUUAGCCAGUACAUCUCAGCUUACAGGUUUGGAGCUAUUUUCUUAGAAGAAAGGAUGAAAAUAAUUGUCUCACAUCUCAGAAAAUCUGGAGAAUUUAUUCGUGAAUAAGAUACUCAAUAUGA